AGAAGAAGAAGAAGGGAAGAUGGUGUUUAGAAGCUCCAUAACCAACACAAGAAGGUUCUUCCAAAAAACCCUAGAAAACUUCAAGUCAUUCUUCUCCAAUGGCUACCAAAAACUACCCAAAAGCCCUAACGACACCUCCAUUACUACUAAACCAUGCAAAGACCUCACAUUCUACAACAACAACAGCAAAGCCCAUAACCCAAACAUCAUCAUCCCAUCAUCACCAUCACCGCCAUCAUCAUCAUCGUCAUUGCGCAAUAAGCAGCUUCUUGCAAAACCCAGAACUCCUGCAACUCCCAAGCAACAGGGAAGACCAGACCAUGAACAGAAAACACUCUACUCCAAACCCAAGAUUCAGAUCGUUCGAGAGAAGCUGAAGGAGUUAGAGACAGUGAUCGGUGUAAUGACCGAUACAGAUCAUGUUUCAGAUGUUCAAGAGUUUCUGCAUUACUAUUCUCGUCUGCGUUGUCCUGCUUAUAUCGAUAUCGUCGAACAGUUCUUCAUGGAGAUGUACUCUGAGUUCUUCUUGGUCCCCCAGCUCGAGCCGCCGAUAACCGCCGUCCAUUCACGGCGGAGGAAGACGGUGGUUGGAUCGAGCCGCCGUUAAAAACUCUAAUUGCGAGUUUAGUUCUGUGUAACGACUCUCUCUCAUGAUUGAUUAGUUUUUCUUGCUGAUUAGAGAGUUUGACAUGGUCGUGUUUUAACCAAAAAAAAAAAAAAAAAGACAUGGUCGUGUUUGAUGGUUUGUUCUUGAGAUUCUUAGGGAGUUCAUGUCUGAAAAUUUUAUUUGGCCUUGUCGGUUUCGUGUGAUUGUGUUAAUGUUUCAUUGUCAUUUGUUCAAUGAAUUAACUAAUAAUGAAAUCCGAGAUUUCUCCUUGCAGAA